CGGAAGACGCGCAUGCGCCGACCGCGGCGGGUAAAAUGAAAGACGUUAACGACUGGUCUACAGUCCAUAGCAACCGAUUAGCUUCUAUACACCGGAAUAAACGGACGAACAAAGAUGCAGACUGGUGUUUAACAAUUAUUUUAUCUUAGUUGACGAACACUUACCCUGGAAAUGCUCACUUUACAGACUUAAAGUUUAGCUAGCGUGUCUUCUUACAUGUAAACAAACAGACUCUGAAGGACCUGUAGUAAUAAUCCUACUUUUCAACAGUUUUCUUUAUAAAUUAACGUGAAGUUUUCAUUGACUAAGUGUACCUUUACGGAGACUUUCUAAACCUUUCGAGAGGUGUUAUCGUCUGACAAUGAGCUCUGUCCUGGAUGAUCCGACCCUUGAGAGACAUUUUAAGGGUCACAGAGAUGUCAUCACAAGUGUGGAUUUGAACUCUAAUAUGAAACAAAUAGCCACUGGCUCUUUGGACUCAUGUAUCAUGAUCUGGAACAUGAAGCCUCAGAUGAGGGCGUAUAGGUUUGUGGGACAUACAGAUGCUGUGAUGUCCGUUCAGUUCUCACCCUCUGGUCAUCUGGUGGCUUCUGCAUCCAGAGACAAAACGGUCCGGCUCUGGGUUCCCAGUGUGAAGGGGGAAUCCACAGUAUUCCGAGCCCAUACUGGAACGGUACGCAGUGUUAACUUUUCAAAUGACGGCCAGACCCUUGUCACCUCAUCUGAUGACAAAACCAUCAAAGUCUGGACUGUUCAUCGGCAAAAGUUUCUCUUCUCCCUAAACCAACAUAUCAACUGGGUUCGCUGUGCCAAGUUCUCACCUGAUGGCCGGCUGAUCGUUUCUGCCAGUGAUGAUAAAACAGUAAAACUGUGGGAUAAGAACAGCAGAGAAUGCAUCCAUUCGUUCUGUGAGCACGGCGGAUAUGUGAACUAUGCUGACUUUCACCCGAGCGGCACCUGCAUCGCGGCCGCUGGCACAGACAACACGGUGAAAGUCUGGGACAUUCGAACCCACAAACUCCUGCAGCACUAUCAAGUUCACAGUGGUGCGGUGAACGGACUGUCCUUCCAUCCGUCUGGAAAUUACCUCAUCACAGCCUCCAACGACUCCACACUCAAGAUUCUGGACCUGCUGGAGGGCCGACUGCUUUACACCUUACACGGUCAUCAGGGUUCUGCCACCUGUGUUGCUUUCUCAAGGACUGGAGACUACUUUGCCUCCGGUGGUUCGGAUGAGCAGGUGAUGGUGUGGAGGACUAACUUUGACAGCGUGGAUUACAGUGAAGUGCUGGAGCAGAAAUGCACUCGUUCAGAGCCUCGAAGUCGUAACUCCAAAACUUCAGUUGACAACUCCAGAACCCAAACAACACAGUUUAAGGUGUCAGAUGGUAUUGGGAGAUCUCAUGACUUUGACUCGCACGAGAGUGGCAGCAGAAGCCUCGAUCAGCCCACCCAGAUCUUCUAUGAACCUCGCAUUGAGUCUCCAUCUCCGUCAUAUACCCAACAACAUCAGCAGCAGCUGAAGCAGACUGAAAGAGACAGCGUCCCUGCGGUGCUGGCUAACACCCUCCAGCACAUCGUAGGACAACUGGAUGUGCUCACACAGACGGUGGCCAUUUUGGAGCAGCGUCUGACACUCACAGAAGAUAAACUAAAGGAGUGUAUCGAGAACCAACACAAGAUCAGCUCUCAACAGCGGUCCAACUCUGACAACUGACCCAGCAGUCUACCUCUCACCUUCCAUCUUCAACAUUCAAAGUCUACGAUUCAACAGUAUCCCAAAUCAACCAUUUGUUGUGUUACAGAUCGUCAUCAAUGUGUUGACACAAGUAAAUAAAACAAACAAUAAUUUAUUAUUAUUACUAUGUGGGUGCAGAUGGUUUUGUGCUACGAGAUCCAGAUUUUUGCAUUGUGUAGCAGUGUUUAUCUGGAGAAUUGUGCUGAGGGUGGAUUGGUUUCUGCGGAGUACGUCGUCCUGCUGGUGUAGAAAGCAGUGGAAGGCAUCUAGUUUACUGUAAUACAAUCCAUCCUUAAAAUCACACACUGGAGUUUAGUCCUCUGUUCUGAUAAGAGAAUCAUCUCGAUCUUAACCUUUCUGUUCCUUGUGAGAGCUAAACUGUGUAUAAUCUGUUUUGAUGUUGUGUCGUUGGGUCUGUAGCAUUUUCUUUAUGUAGCUGCAGUGAAUGCUUUUUUUGUUGUUGUUUAGUUAAGCUUUCAUGAGCUUUAGGAGUUCUCACACUGUGCGUAGUUUAGGCACAGAUUUGUAUAAUUUUUUUUGUUUUUCAAAGAAAAAUACAAUUUUAAUAAAAUGUGUAUUUAA